AUGGAGUCAUACACCGCAGGUGAUUUUGGCGUGGUAUAUCUUGCAGACAACAAACCCCUAAAAAUUGUAGGGAAGGGAGAUGUGCAGAUCAAGUCCGCAAAUGGGUCAUGCUGGACCCUACGGGAUGUGAGGCACAUUCCAGGACUAAAGACGAAUCUCAUCUCAGUUGGACAGCUGGACAAUUACGGCUUCCACACAAUGUUAGGAGACAGAAAGUGGAAGGUCAGCCGAGGAGCUAUGACUUUGGCAAGAGGGCUGAAGUCAGGAACGCUUUACACGGCGAGUGGAUCCAACUCAAACAUUCUUCUGGCAGGAGCUGUCUCACAAUCGCACUUGUGGCACAAUCGCUUGGGCCACAUGAGCGAGAAAGGAAUGAAGAUACUAAAGUCGAGAGGACUUUUACCCGAGUUGGAGUCAGUGGACGUGGGUCUCUACGAGCAAUGCGUGCUUGGAAAGCAGAAGCGAGAAUACCCGGACGAUGACAAGACCAUGCAGGCGUAUGUUGGUCUCGAUAUUUCAAAUACCAGAAUCAUGAGACCAGCAGAUUCAGUGGGAGCUCAGAUAGAUGAGAUCGAGCGUACAGAAGAAGAGGCAGAACCAGAAUCGGAUGAACCGAUUGCUGAGAGCAGAACGCCUCUGGCACUGGGCCGAGACCGAGGAUGA